GAUGCCUGGGUACUCAGCUGCGGCCUGCCCCCUUAUCUCAGGCACUGCCUACGCCCAGGGCUGAGGAAAGGGAAGCUAGAGGGGAAGGGCUCAGAAACUGGGGAGCACCCGAAAGCCCCACUCAACUCCUGGAGCUGGGGUGGGACCCAGGCAUCCAGGCUCCCAGCCCCGCCCCUUCCCUCACAGCCCUGAGAUGGGACCCCCACACCAGGCUGGGGGGCGGGGUGCUGUUUGACCCCAGAAAUGGCUGCAUCUCAUGUUAUGAGCAGGGCUGGGCUGCUGGGAGGGGCGGGGGGCCCUGGCGGCAAAGGUGGGGGCAUUGCCUGUCUAAUUUCUUGUUGCCCCAGGUCUGAUCCCGUCCCCCAUGCACUGUGGUCUGAGGCCCCUGGGCCUCCAGCUGUAACAAAGCCAGACGCCUAGCCCUAACGAUGAGUAACAAGGAAACCACGGAGGUCUCGGAGAAGAACCACCAUGUAAAGGUUUUCUUGCCCAAAAAGCUGGUGGAGUGUCUGCCCAAGUGCCCGGCCCUGCCCAAAGAGCGACUGCGCUGGAACACCAAUGAGGAAAUUGCCUCUUAUCUCAUCACCUUCGAGAAGCACGAGGAAUGGCUGUCAGGUUCCCCCAAAACCAGGCCGCAGAAUGGGUCGCUGAUCCUGUACAACCGGAAGAAGGUGAAGUACCGCAAAGAUGGCUACUGCUGGAAGAAGCGCCGUGAUGGCAAGACCACGCGCGAGGACCACAUGAAGCUCAAGGUCCAGGGCGUGGAGUGCCUGUAUGGCUGCUACGUCCACUCCUCCAUCCUCCCCCCAUUCCCCCGCCGCUGCUACUGGCUGCUCCAGAACCCGGACAUCGUGCUGGUGCACUACCUGAACGUGCCAGCGCUGGAGGACUGUGCUAAACUGUGCGGGCCCAUCCUCUGCUCCAUCAACAGCGACCGCAAGGAGUGGCUCAAGUGGUCCAAGGAUGAGCUUGUCAGCCAGCUCAAGCCCAUGUUUCACGGGAUCAAAUGGACGUGCAGCGGCGCUAAUGGGACCACGGAGUUCUCCAUCGAGCAGCUGGUGCAGCAGGUCCUGGAGAGCCACCAGGCCAAGCCACCACCUCGCACCCAUGCCUGCCUCUGUAGCGCUGGCCUGGGCAGCCCCGGGCACGUGCCCCACAAGUGCGGCAGCACCAAGCACCGCAUCAUCUCCCCGAAGCUGGACCCGCGCCCAGGGCCCUACCCAGCCCUGACCGAGGUGCAGAACAUCACGGAGCCUGAGCCCCCCCGGCGCGACCCCACGGACGAAGGGGCCCCCCCCGGCGAGCCACCCCCACCCACUGGGCCCUGCACCCCUGAGCCUGGAGACGCCUCCCGGCCCAACACGCUGGUCACCAUCACUGACUUCUCUCCGGAGUGGUCAUACCCUGAGGGUGGGGUGUAGGUGCUGAUCACGGGGCCCUGGACCGAGGGCGGCGAUGCCUACAGCUGCCUUUUCGACCAGGUGGCCGUGCCGGCUGCACUCAUCCAGCCCGGGGUCCUGCGCUGCUACUGCCCCGCCCAUGAGGCCGGGCUGGUGGCCUUGCAGGUGGCCCGUGACUCCCGGCCCGUGUCCACAUCGGUCCUGUUUGAGUACCGUGCCCGCAACUUCCUGGCGCUUCCCAGCACCCAGGUGGACUGGCUGUCCCUGGAUGACAACCAGUUCCGCAUGUCCAUCCUUGAGCGCCUGGAGCAGAUGGAGAAGCGCAUGGCGGAGAUGACAGCUGCGCAGCCCCCGGCCCCCUGUGGGCCCCCCACUGAUGCCACCCUGGGCCAGGCGCCGGCGGACUCCUUUGAGGCGCGCAUCGUGGCUUUGUGUGAGCAGAUGAUGGCCGGGUCAUGCUGGCUGCGCUCUGAGACCCUGGUCCAUAACAUGAGUUUCCGAGGCAUGACCCUGCUUCACCUGGCAGCCGCGCAGGGCUAUGCCCGGCUCAUCCAGACCCUCAUCCGCUGGCGGAACCUCAGCGCUGAGAGCCUGGACCUGGAGCAGGAAGUGGAUCCGCUCAACGUUGACCACUUCUCCUGCACCCCCUUGAUGUGGGCCUGUGCGCUGGGGCACCUGGACGCAGCACUGCUGCUGUACCGUUGGAACCAGCGGGCGCUGGCCAUCCCUGACUCACUGGGCCCCCUGCCGCUGCUAGGUCUGGGGCGGGUGCCCCCCCACUGACCCCUUCCCACCUCCCCAGGGCUGAGUGGGGGCAGCAGUGCAUCGUCUCCUUCAGAGCGCUCAGAGGCGUCACUGUCGCUCACCUCGGCUUACUCCAGUGGCUCCGGCGCCCGUGACUCGCUGCCUGCCAGCCCUGAGGCUGAGGUCGGGGCUGGGGGGGGGCACAUGGACGUGUGCCCGCCCCCCGGGGGCGCCUGGUACCUGCCUGAGCCCCCCAGUCCACCUGGCACCCCUGCACCUCCCUUCUUCAUGGACUACAAGGUGGAGAGCGGUGCUGCGGCUGCCCCUGGCCUGCUCAGCUACAGCGAGGACGCUGAGAACGAGGACUUCCUGCCACCCACUGAUGUCCUCCAGGUGGACAUGGUGACGCUGGCACGGCAGAUCAUCGAGGCGACGCCCGAGCACAUCAAGCAGGAGGAGUUUGGGGUGGGCGAGGGGCCACGGCGGGAUCGGGGGGCCGCGGGCGGCUGGGGGGCGCCCACGGUUGGGUGGCUGGGUGGCGCCAUGGCUUGGCUGGCCUCCUACCUGGACAGCGUGGACCAGCUGCCUGGCCUCAUCCCCCACCGGCGUGAGGCGGGGUCCCCAUCACGGCGGGGCUGCCUGAGCCCCCUGCAACCGGGUGAACCCGGUCCUGAGCAUCGGGCGGUACCACCAACAGCAACAGCAGCCGGCUGGGCCGAGUUCCUCAAUGCCUCAGCCAAUGGGCGCAUGGAGAGUGCCUUUGCCGGCCUCACCCUGUCUGACCCUGAGCAGCGCGAGCUCUAUGAGGCUGCCCGUGUCAUCCAGACCGCCUUCCGGCGCUACAAGGGCCGGCGCCUCAAGGAGCAGCAGGAGAUGGCAGCUGCCGUGAUCCAGCGCUGCUACCGCAAGUACAAGCAGCUGACAUGGAUCGCACUCAAGUACGCGCUGUACAAGAAGAUGACGCAGGCAGCCAUACUCAUCCAGAGCAAGUUCCGCAGCUACUGGGAGCAGAAGAAGUUCCAGCAGAGCCGGCGUGCAGCCGUGCUCAUUCAGCAGUGCUACCGUAGCUACCGCGCUGACGCGCCCGCGCGGCCCCCAUGCCCACCCGUGCCCCACCGUCUCCGGGGCCCGUUCCUGACGAAGAAGCAGGAUCAGGCUGCCCGCAAGAUUAUGCGGUUCUUGCGGCGCUGCCGACACAGGAUGAAGGAGCUCAAACAGAGCCAGGAGCUGGAGGGAGCUCAGAAGCUGGCGAUCGGCGACUUCCGGCGCCGGGGGCCGGAAGCACGGGGCCCCGCCAGAAGUUGCUGUAACCAAGAUGGUGGCGAGCAGGACUUCCUGGCCAGGCACAAACGUCAUGAAGCCUACUACUGGAUCGGACUCCGCAUCCAGGGCCCAGCCGGAAACGAGCUGGGUGGGCGACCCCGGCACCCGGGGCAUCAGGCUGAGGAUGACCCCGGGACCACCGCAGGAGCAGUACGGCGCCUUCAGGGACAAGCAGAGCAUCUACCCCGACCUCUGCCAGACAGUAUCGCUGGAUCUGCCAGCGCCGUGCCUUAGCCCUGGCGACCCCCCCCAGAGCCAGCCGCAUCUUGGCUGUAUGAAGCUGUGGGCCCUGGGGAGGCUGUGUUGGCCCUGACGAGUGAGCCGGUUGCCCUGUGGCAGGGACAGCUGUGCCAGGAAAGUGGUGGAAUAAAUGCCCGGAGCCCCUCGCCCUGGUCCUGUGUGUGUCUGUGGGGGCGAGGGCAGAGGGGGUGAGUUAGUGCAGGGUGCGGGUCCUCCUGGGGGAUACUGGUGAUACCAGGAGGGUACUAGGAAGCGCUGGGGGAUACGGGGAGAUGCUGGGGAGCUACGGAGAGGACGCUAGCCAUCAGCGUUGCCAUGGGAACCAGGCGCAACGGCCCCCUCUGACCGUCAAGCGCGGCAGCCGCAGUCCCUUCACUGCCGUAAAACCCCACCCCUCCAGCCGAGCCGUAAAGGGGCGGCGUCGCG